AUGUCUACACCAGACGACUUACCAUGGCCUGAAUUAGGCAAUGUUUCUCGGGGCGCUACUCGAGGAAACCAGGGUCAGAAAGGUGUAUUAGGGCCUGCCGAUCGCGAAGGGAGAUGUGUAUUGCAGUUACGGGUUCAGCCUGGCGUGCUGGCCGUGCGCCUCAACCGCCAGGCCAGCGAUUGGUAUCGGACGCUGGACAACGAAGUCAAUCGCGCUCUCAAAAUGACGAAAACGUACUGGCGCAAAGCCCGCAGACGCCAGGACUACGACGCACGAGCUGAUCAAGAUCAUAUGGAACUACAUGAGUGGCUGCAACAGUUGAAGGACAAAACCAUGUCGCAUUUAGAGCUCCUCAUGCAGAAGGGGGACAUUCAGGGACCGCCUUACACGAUGCCCGACGACAUUGAAUUGACAUUCCUUCGAAAAUUUAUCGAGCGACAGGCGGCAGGUAUUCCGCACAAUCCCCGCCUUCGAAAUUCGGCCGGCGGAGAGCCAUCAUACGUCCAUCGAGACCAUUCCGUAGAUUCUUUUACACCUGAGCCAUCGGAGCAGAGCUUCAUGGAUCAGAGCAGGCAGCCUAACGAUCAUGAUUCAGCCGCACACAUGACACACUCAAGAAACUCGGGCUCUCCCUCUUUUCGCACUCCAGAAGGUCUUGCUGCAGAGGCCAGUUCAUCAAAACAAGCCCUUCAAGCAGCGCGUGCGUCUCUGAUGAGAGCACAGAAAGACACUCAAGAAGCAUUUAUGCGAUACACAUCAUGCCUCGAUAUUGAACGACAAGCGCGACAAGCUGUAAGCAAUGCUGAAAAGCGUCGCGAUGACAUAAUGGCCAUUCUUCUUUCUCAAAAUCAAGUUCCGCUCGAUGCGAGAUCGAGGAAAUCAUCAGUAGACGGGGAUGAUAGACGCAGUCCGCCCCGAUAUCAAAUGGAGUAUCAGGAGGUCCGCAAUCCGGUAGAUCCUUUCAUGAACGCUCGAGUGCCACAGAAAGCCAUGGAAUGGCCGAUAGAUGGGCAGGGCAUGUAUAGUAAUGAAUCUGUGGCACACAUGGAGGACCAAGUUCGGUCGAGAAAGCAUUCACGAACUUGGGAACACGCUCCUCAGAUGCAUGUUGGUGCCCAGGAUUACUCUGACUAUCGAACCGACCGGCCGUACGGCCCUCAGGACGUGGCUGGGCUUCCUCCUCGGAAACGAAUUCACCAUGCGAUGAUACCUGGUUUCGAUGUAAUGAACGGCGCUCCAUUGCAGACGCAAAAUAUGACACUGCAAUCAUGA